AUGGAGGAGUUCAUACGCAACAAUCUUGCGCCCACGGAAACAUGUACGAUCUGCUGUGAGCCCUUCUCCGAAGGCCAUGCUCCUGUUGCCCUGCAGUGCGCUCAUAUCUUUGGCCACGGCUGCUUCACUGAUUGGUUGCGUAACGGCGACGGUAACACCAACAGCUGUCCCCUGUGCCGAGCGCAACUUUUCGAGGAAACCGUAUUCCAUCCGUACAGAAUAUGGGGAAUUUUGUGUCAAGAGAACCCACAACGACUUUGCGAGUACAUGAAAGCGUUGUGGCAAGGUAUUCAAAGACAGUCGCACGCGGAUCCAGGAAACGGUCAGACUCUGGUACAAAAUGUCAUUUGGAAGCCACUUUGGGAGGUUCGCGACCCUAGAAAUGAGAAUUGCACAUUUAGGCGCUAUGUGCGGUAUCUUAACGACCUCAGUCCGCAGUACGGCGUUCUAAAUCCCGUGGACGAGGCCAUCAUUCCGAUCCUGAGACUGAGUGAGCUCUUAGCUUGCGUUUACAAACGCGUUCCUCUAUAUCUGACGACCAGUACCGACCUUGCAAUGCUGGUAUGGAAAGCGAACCAAAGUAUAGGCGUCCGGGAGGGUAAGGUCAAUUGGUCGCUCGUCUGCAGAGCUGCGCGCGAUCUCGACGGGCCUUACUUCCCCUUACUGCAUCUUUACACUGUUCUCAUAUCUCAAUAUAUAAUUCAUGGAGAUGAGUUGACGACAUGGCCGACGAAGAGACACGAAAAGAUGAACUAUGUAGUCCAGAAUUGCUGCACAAUGAUUGGGAGUUCUUGGACUGGAUACCCUACGAAUCACUUCAAAGAUCAAUUGAUCGUGGUCUAUGAAGAGCUGCGCAGACACCAGAAGGAUACUGGGAGAAUUAGUUUGAGGGGAACACCGAGUGAAGGGUACAUCGUUAAGGGAUUGUGGUCGUUAGCUGGGAACUGGCAGAUCAAAAGAACCGAGCUGCGCUAA